UGUCCACCAUCGAGACUUAGGAACACCUCACCUUGCCACCCUUUUCUGCCCACUCAACCUCAGCAAAUAUGAAAUCUAACACGGUCGCUAUCUUGUUUGCGCUCUCAAUCUCUGCCGUAUCGGCCACACUUCACACGAGGUGUUACGAUUACUUCCUGAAGAAGGAUGGAUGUGUUCACUCUGCCGCAGCGGCGGAUCAGAGAUGCACGGCUCCGAAAAAAGAACACCCUCAACCAGUCACGGCGUUCAACAUGAAUCCCGGGGUCCAUAUGGCUAAGCGUAGCGAAACUCCUGACUUGGAGCGACGGUACAACACCAACCAGCCGAGUUUCUAUGUUGCCGGAGGCAAUGGUACCUGUCGUGUUUACGACACGAACACCGACCUUGGUGUGUGCAUCUGGAAUGGAGCUGAGCAAAACAACCCGACCGCGGAAACAGCUGGAUGGCUGAACGGUGACAAAAAGUCGAACUGUGGGAAGCAAAUAUAUAUCCAACGAAAAGGGCGACCCGAAACAGUCCAGUAUGUGAAGGUCCUCGAUGGAUGCUACUUUAACGCCCAGACACCUGAUGUCGGAUGCUUCGAAAUCGGUGUUACUCUCGCGCUCUUCAACAAGUUCAACCCCACCGAAAAAGAAAAGCAGGAUGGCAAGCUUUACGAAGGAAUGACUUGGGACUUUAACGACCUCGACGGCGACAAAACCGCAAACUCCCCAGUUUGAGGGAAUGCUUUAUCUGUGCUUUUACUGUCUAGCAAACUCUACCUGUCUUCAGUUUCUUUCAUUUCUGAUCGUCUGUCAUCAUCCCUGCCCUUGAUUCACACUUGUCUACGACCCCCAUUGACAAUUUAAAACACAGUAUGAUGGUCCAAAAUAGUGCGUGUGUGUCCCAUAGCUUGCCCAUUCUGCUGAGGAAGAAAAGUCACGAAGCGCGCCAUCACG